GGUUCAUGAGCGACGCUGCUGCCAUUUUGUUUUCACGAGUGAAAUUAGGAAAGCAUGAGUUUUAUUUCUGACGAACUUGCCAACGUUUUAAAAUCCGUGUACAUGAAGGAAGAGAGUGGAAAAGUAGAAGAAUUAAAUUCUUCGAUAAAAUUAGACAAGGAUGAAGUUGAUAUUCCUAAAGUAGAGAAGCGUUCGAGAAAGCACAAGCAUAAAAAGCAUUCGUCCAAGUCAAAGUCGAGAGACAAGAAAAAGCACAAGAAACGAAAACGUAAAUCCAGAUCCAGAUCUAGUUCGGAAUCACGCUCCAGAUCAAGGUCGCGUUCAACUGAACAAGAAAAUUCUAAGCCACAGAGGAGCCGUCCGCUUUCGUCAAGGUCAAAAUCACCUGAUGAAAUUGACCAAGCUGAUUUUGUUCUGCAGAAGGAGAGAGCAGACGAAGAUGACGAAGAUCUUAGCUCGGACAAAGAACGAAAUAACUUAAAAUCUAAGGAGGCUUUUGAGAUAGUUUUUUCUUCUUCAGAUCGUGGCUUUCAGCAAAAGUGUAAAGAAGUAGCUGUUUCUGAAUCCAAAACGUUGGAAGAUCAAAACCAAGGAGGUAAUGCUGAAAGUGUGGAUGACAAAACUUUAAACUUGCAUAAUCUCUCCCUAGCAUCGAAAAAAGAAAAAGAAAGAUCCAGCAGUAGAGGCAAAUCAGAGGAGAAAGUAACUCAGUCAAAACAGAAAAACAGUCCUUCGCAUUCAAGGGGUAAAUCAAGAUCACCAGACGACAAGUCAUCUCAAACUUUGAAACAGAGACAAUCAAGGUCACACUCCAGAGACCAACACAUUGCAAAGAAGGUGAGAUCAUGUUCUAAGGAAUCAGUGCAUCGCAAAACAUCCAGAUCUAGAUCAAGCUCAAGAAAUAAAAAAAAAGCAAAGUCACAUUCAAGAUCAAGUUCUAGAUCAAAGUCCAGAUCAAGGUCACCCUCAAGGAAUAAAUCAGCGAAACUGAGGAAGUCCAAGUCUAGGUCACAUUCUACAGGAAAAAACCGAAACAGGAGCGGUUCAAGGUCACGAUCUCGCUCUCAUUCACAUAGUAAGUCAAGAAAGUCAAGGUCACGUUCAAAACAAAGAUCAACCAAGCAAAAGAGAACAAAGUCCAGAUCGCAUUCUAAGGAACGAAACCGAAAAAGAAGUCUUCCAAAGUCACGUUCCCACUCUCAUUCACGUAGUAAAUCUAGAUCAAGGUCGCGAUCACCUAGGCAUAAGAGAACACGUUCUAGAUCAAGGAGGAGAUCUCCUGUAUUUAGGAAUUUUCGAAGGUUUUCACCUCCUCACUGGAGGAGAGGCUCAGGUUCAUUUCGACGGAGGUCACGAUCAACUUCAAGGUCUCGAAGAUCGAGUUCAAGGAGAAGAAGUUAUUCAAGACGGAGAGAUUCACGUUCCAGAUCUGAUUCAAGAUCUAAGUCAAGACAAAAGAGUGGCCGGAGAUCUCGCUCAAGAUCUAGAGUGAGGAGAUCAAGGUCAAGAUCUCACGUACGAAAUAGGAAAUCUCGAUCUGUAUCGAAGGGAAAGAGAAGAAGAUCUAGGUCUCUCUCACACUCAAAAGGGAAAGGAAGAAGGUCAACAUCAAGGGACAGAAACAGAACCAGAUCUCGUUCAAAGUCUAAGUCAAAAGAUCAAACACAAACUGUAGGGGUGUUACUAAAUCCAAAAACAAACACAGCAACUGCAAACAAUGUGUCUAGUGCAACUGACAAGCCAGUUACUACUACUCUCUCUUCACAGCAGGUCAAGGUUGCUCAGAAAGCUGGAGGGAAGACCAUUGCAGAGCUGACAGCUUUCUGCAAAAAAUUACAGGAGGAAAAAGAAGAUGGCGAAAAUGUAAAAAGUGAGGAUGGCAGUAAAGUAGAUGAGGAGCAAACUCAGACUGUGACACAUCAUCCGUUUUUGGUGAAAGAGAAACCUGAUAUCACCAUUCCACCAGUUAUCUUUCCUGUAAGUUCACUUCAGUAAAAUAAUAGUAAUAAUAGGGCGAUGGCUACGAAAAUGUCAUGAAAAAAGUCACGUCGUGCUGCUUCAAACUUUAUUGCGCUUAUUCCAUCUCGUUCAGUUUGUCAAAUAAUGUCAGCAAUUUUUUCUGGAGUUGAAUUCUAAAAGACUAUCAAAGUUCAGGAAAAGAAAAAGAAAGUUGUAGUCUUGUGUUCACAUCCUCCACAAAAAGUAAAAUUGGGCAUUUUCAUGUAACAGUCGUGCAGUGACAGCAAAGAAAUGUACAAAAAAUUAUGAUGCAUGUGCAGAGUUGUUGUUUUGCCUAAUCUAAACCUAUUGCUUUUGUGCCGUCGUCAUUGCUUAAGCUCUGUAAUGACAAAAGACUCUUGUGAAUACCAAACAUGCAUGUAUUGUUCUGAGUUGUAUCAAUGUACAGCCAUAUUUUUCCCAGCCUGUAGGACAGUUGAAUAGUUCAAGGUAGGCUUGUAACAGUCUCAUCUGUACCCCAGGACAAGUAGAUUUUCUUGCUGGGCAAGUAACGUUUUAAGCUUUCCUGCCCAAUAGGCAAUAGUCCAGGCAAGUCAUUCUCUAAUAAAAUCAUAAACUAAGAUGAGCAAGAAGUGGCCCUGGACAAGCCAAAUGUGACAGCUGGGUGCCUAAAGGACAAGCUGCAAUUCAAUUAGUUUUUUUUCAAGCCCUGUCAAGGUGGUCUACAAAGCUUACGAAUUCUUGUAUGCAAUAUUUAACACUAAAGGAGCUACUGUUGGCUGAAAAAGAUAAGCGGGAAUGAAGGAGAAAACGGCAAUGGAUUUACAUGUAUAAACUCCAUUUCUUUGACAUUGCCUCCAACCAGUUUUAAUCCUUAAACUUGUAAUAUGAAUUUGAUUUAUAUGUUUCAGUUGUCUGCUUGGUCCCGCUAGCUUUUGAGCUAUAGAUAUUGCUGAGGGUAAAUAUAGGAAUUAUUAUUAUUAUGAAAUUAUUAUUAUUAUUAUUGACAACGAGCAGCCUUUCAAAGACACAAGGCCAUGAGGCAGCAGCCUAAUAGAGCCGUGUGUGAUAGUUCCAGGGGCAGAAAAAAUCUUGAAUCAAAGUAACAGACAGCAAAGUAAGGCAACAUUUAUGACAUAAUGCGGAACAGGGAAGGCAUUGUUUUCAAGCGUACACAUGAUACAGAACAGAGAAUCCACAAGCCGUGUGCGUGCUUGUGAGUCCCGUGUUCAUCCUGCCUUAUUUACUAUAACUCGUUAUAGAUCUAUACAGUGUACAGUGCAAAUGGUCUUGUCACUGUAACUUGAAGGUGUUUGAUAAAUGUAACUAUGCAAUAUAUUAAUCAGGUAUUUGCUUGCAUGUAGGUUAGCAUGAACAAACCCAGUCUCCCAGCAGUCGACCCAAACAAACCAUUGCAGGAACAGUUCCCGGUCUCUUGUGGUAGUAAGCACAGAGAGAAAGAACAUGUUAAUGAUGGAGCUGGGAUAGUAGCUGAUGUUGAUGGCUCUGCAAAUCAAGAACAGCAGAUAAAUGAAGUAUUUGCACCAUCAAUUACUGAGGUAAUUUAAAUGUACAUUUGUACAGUCUAACCCUUUAAGCCCUGAUAGUGACCCACACCCAAUUUCUCCCAACAACAAUACUGCGUGAUCAAACAGACAGGUAAUGAGAAUUAAUAAAAUGAUCACCAAAGAUGAAAUGUUGUGAUAUUGGAACAAAUUCUCUCAAGCAGUACCAUAAGAAAUGUAUGAAGAACAGUGUGGAGAAGAUGCGUGUUGAUGUUGGGUCUUUAAAGGGUUAACAGAGUUUUAUGUGACAACUAAGAUUGCCAGUGCUACCUUUCAGGACAGUCAAGUUGUGUAAAUGCACCAGUGUUUAAAUUCCAUGCUGUGCUGCGUGCUGUCUGUUGUUUUGGGUAGAUUAAGUGAAGUGCAAAUUUGCCUCUUCAUCUCUUUCUAUUCUUUGAUAUUAAGUUAUGUGAUAGUUGCUUGCGUCCCUUCUGCAUACUUGCAGAAGAGUCACCAGUAUUUUCUAACCAUAUUCAGCAUGCAAAUAAAGUAGUGUCCGAUAUCACAGGGCUAGUGGAUUUUGCUGUCAGGCUAGUGAAUUAUGUUCCUAACGUGCUUGAGAGGCAAACAAAGUUUUUGGGGGAAUUCAACAUACAGAAGAACUGUAGUCAAUCCUGCACAUCAAAAACGUUUUUGGGGGCUGGUUGAAAUGACUUUUGGGCAAGUGCAUGCUAGCUACAGUUUGCCAUUGUAGUUCGCACCCUGACUGCAUACAGGUGAUCUCCAUCUCGGAGCCUGUUGUUAGUGUUGAAUGUCUGUGGUACUUUACCUCCAAUUGGCAAUUCAGUUGUUGCAUGUAGAAAAUAUUUACAUUCCUAAGACUAUCAUGUAGUUUCAUAAAAUUAGUGACAUUUUGGCUUUUCAGAAACUUGACAUUAGUGAGCUUGUUGGGAAAAGGAUGGAAGCUCAAAGACGACUUCAAAGUGACCCUAAUGAUAUUGAGGCCUUACUAACUCUGCAGGAAAUUCAAAUGAAAAUGCAGAAUUGGUGUCAGUCAAAUGUGAAACCUGGUCAGUUUACUGGGGAGCUUGUUAAGAACCUUCUUCCAAAGGAAGAUUUACAAGGAGGCUUCCAGGCAUGGGCCAAAAAGGUAAUUUUCAUACCUGUAGUUUUUGCUUUUUGACCAGUCUGAGCUUUAAUAACUAUAAAAAUAUCAAAGUUUGCCUCUAUUUUUGACUUGAUGCUGUUUGCUCUGGAUUGUCCAACCCUCGUGCUGUCCAGAGCAACAGCUGCAGCAGUUUAGUUUAAAUCUUAUCAUUUCAUCUACUAGAUUAGCUAUAAUAUACAGGGCUGUCACUAAGGUUUUAAGUUGACUGGUACACUAAAUUACAGUAGUACCCUGGUAACUCGAACUCUGAAGGGAAACGAGAAACAGUUUAAGGUAGCAGGGAAUUCAAGUUAUUGGGGUAAAUUUCAGUGAGAUUUUGAUCAAGGAGAGGAAAUUUAGUUCGAGUUAGCGGGGAAUUCGAGUUAUCCGAGUUCAAGUUAUCAAGGUUCUACUGUGGUAAGUGGGCAAUGGAAUAGCUAAGAAUAUCUUUUGGUCCUAUUUUCCUUGUUUUUGUUAUGAUAAAGUAGCCAGGGGUCAUAUUCAUAGAAGCUGGGGCAAUCCCCAGCCACUGGCACUUAGUGACACCCCUGUGUGUAGGAUAUCAGCGCGCAAAGAAAGUUGUGUCCGAUAGCCCGGGGCUAGUGGAUUUUGCCAUCGGGCUAGUGAUUUUUGUUCUUAACUUGCCUACGGGCAAGUGCUGUUUUGGGGGGAAAUUCAAAUUACAGAAGGAUUGUAAUCAAUCCUGCUAAUCAACAAGGGUUUUGGGGCUAGUUGAAAUGACUUGUGGGCUAGUACAUACUAGUUAGAGCUUUCCUGAAUGGCAGGCCAUAAAACUGACUUUCUUUGCACCUUGGAUAUAUUAUUAUUAUUUGUCACAUCCAUAAAGCUUUAGUAGAUUUGAAUGAUAAUUUCAAGACCAAUUUGGAAUGGAAUGAUAUUCAAAUAUUUUUUAACCGACUCUUUUGUUGUGUACUUUGUAAUUCUUGUCAAUUUGUGAUUUUUAUUGUAUUCUUAACGUAUCUUCAUUAUUUGCAAUGGGCGUAUGAACUUAUUUGUAUGGUAUAUGGGCAAUAUAAGUUUUAUAUUUAUCAUUUAUUAACCAAUAAUUUAUAUUAUUAUACAUUGCACGCACUGUCUGUCUUCUCGUUGACUAAGAAGCUUCAGUUGAUUUUGGAAGUUGGAGGUUUCUGACUAAUCUGUACAUUGUGUGCACAAUGCAUGAUUUCCAAGAGCAAUGUCAAACUGUGUUAAUUGUUUUUUUUAUUAUUAUUAGAUUUGGCUUUUGUGAUAUCCAGAAUACACCCUAAUGAAGGUCGCGGUAAGUGUUAUCAGCCUUGGCCUUCAGCUCGGCUGAUAACGCUUACCUUGACCUUGAUUAUUCCUGAUAUCACAAAAGCCUCAUCUAAUAAUUGUUUAUUUAUUCUUUUGCCAUGGCAGGAUAUGUUUCACAACCUUACACCAGUUUCUGGAGGAAUUGGAAUGAAGCUUCUACAGAAAAUGGGUUGGAAACCUGGACAAGUUAUUGGUAAAAGAGGAGAAGGGUAUGCAGAACCCAUCGCUCUGACAGUGAAAAUUGAUAGGAAAGGGCUGAGUGCAGGAAAAGAAAAGGCUGCAAAGAAGAGCACUCCAGCAGUUUUGGACUUGCAAGGUACAAAUAUGAUAGUUUUCAUUAUUAUAAAUGAUACUACUUAUAAAUAAUUAUUGUACACUGUAGUUUAUUUUGGUAUACAAGGUUCAGCUCAGUGGUAGCAUACACUGUACAAGUAAUUGGUACUACUUACACUGUAGUAAACUGUAUUUGCUUUUAAAAUACUUCUAGACCAUUAUUUUCCUUGUAAAUUGUAAAGAAAAGUGCCUGGAUACAUUAUUUUAUGGCCAGUUUUGAGGCCAAAGUUAUGAUUUUAAGAUUACAAAUUUUUAUCAGACUUGAGAAGAGAGUUGUAGUUACAAUGCUGAGUUGAGCUUUGUAGGUAGUCAAGAUUAAAAAAGGUAGUUUCAUAUGCCGCAAUCUCUGAGUUCACCUUGCACUUUCUUCUGGAGGAGUGUACACUCUACUGUGGCAUAAGCAAGUGUUGUCUGCUAAGAGGCUAGAUGGCUUUCCUUAAGGCAAAAGGGACACCUCUAAGAUAUUGCCCACAGUUCUUUCUCUACCACAUAUCAGGACAAAUUGUUUGUGGUUCAUUAAUGUUUAAUGUACAUGUAGAAUUAAAUAUUAUUACUUCAGGAGGCAUUGGAAUUUGAAUUGCUUGUCAUUCUUUAACAAAUCUAUCAGACUCAUACAUUAUGCUUUCUUUCUUUAGUGGCUAUCCACUGUUACCAGCCAUCAUUGUACGUCCUCCAUGUUUUUUUCUCUUUUAUGAUAAUGUGUUAUUUUAUGCAUGUACAUUUCAAUAAUUAAUUUUUUGUACUCUUUUUACUGCAUCACUUCUAGUUUUUUUCCUCGCCAUCAUCAUGCAACUUUUCACCUUAAAAGCUUUUAGAACCCAGUCACCAUAGAAUGGCCCAAUAAGCUGUGCCAUUCUAUGGUGAUGCAUAAAACAAAAUGAAUUUCUCCCCCAGCAGUGAAGGGCUUCAGUCCUUUCUUAGUGAAGUCUGCACACAAGCAAUUCAAUUUGCAAUGCCUCUUGAUCCGAUGUUGCUGAGAAUUUUAGCACAGCAAGAAGCUCGUUCCAUGAAAAUGGUCAUCAUCAUCGUGUUGAAGGCAGGUAAUAAUAUUAUCAAUGGCUCUGUCUAGUUCCUGGCUACUUUCAUUCUUGGGUCCUGAGUGAAAUUCAGAACUAUCCAUUCUAGACCAUGAUAAAAUUUAAUACUAUGUAAGUAGAGAAAAGAAAAAUCUAAUCGGUAUCCACUUUGAACACACUAAUUUGUUUAGGCGAUUUACAAAACUAGUUUCAUGUCGUGAACCUAGUUAUGAAGGAUUAUUUUUGGUAUUUUUCGUACAUUGCUACGUGACAUGUCUGUUAUUUCAAAUAUUGUGUGGCAAACAACUGAAGAGGUCAGAAGAUGAAACUAGUUUUGUGAAUCACUUAAAUAAAUUAGUGUGUUGAAAGUGGAUCUCGAUUACACUUUUCUUUUCUUUUCUGUAUUGACACAAUAUUUAAGUAACACUUUCUUGGCUUCAACAAACAAAAUCUUGCAACCAUUAAGUAUUGAAAGAUGAUUACACCUAAACUUGGAUAUAAAAUGGAAAAACUAUGAUAUUCAUUAUUUUACAAUUGUUCUCAAAGUUCUCCUUCAAAACCUCCCAGACAUGAGGUGGUUGCUCUAUCCAGACUUGUAGUACAGGCUAUGGGAAUUGCAACAUUUACACUCAUGUAAAGUGCGUGCAAUAUGGUGCAUUUACAUGCAAAAUACGUGCAAAAACGUGCAUCAGGCAGGAGAGUAGAUAGAAUAAUAAGGCAAUAGCUGGUCCACACUAGAUAAAAACCCUAAAUUUAUAAUCUGCAAAACAUGCUUGAAACAAGCUAGAGACUCUAUUCUCGACGCGAUUCUCAAUAGCUUGUUCUCGAUUCUGUAUUCGCGCAGGAAUCGAAAAUCGCGAAUCAAGUCGAGAAUUGAGACUCGCAACGGACUGUCAACCUACUUUUGAACGGUACUGUACAUAUUAUUUCCCACAAGGACAUUGCAGAAAAUGGCUAAGAAGUUGCAAUAGGCUUUUCAAGUCAUUCACACUAUGCUAGCUGUAGAUUGUUGACAAAAACAAACCGAAAAGUAUCUCUGAUUAAUCAGGUAGCAAUUUAAGAGAAAAGAAACUAAUGUCAGUUUGAAUGGCAUGUGCCUGGAUAAUGAUUUUUUGCAAUGGCAUCUGUGUCCGCAAUCAAAAAAAGCAGUAAGAUUGCUCAUGUGCUCAUUAGACUUUGUAACUCAACAGAUGCUCUUUGACCUUUACUGACAAAUGGAUUGACAUCUCACCAAUGUACAUUUAACUGGAUUCAAAUCCCACACUUCUAAAUAUUAUUGAUUUACAACCAUGCAUUUUAAAACGCCUGUUAUAAGUAGUUCCUGUUCUCAAAAGGCAAAAAGACAACAUUAUUUUGAUGUCUAAAUCUCUGAGAUGCAACUCCCAUUACACAACCGACAGGUCACAUAGCUAGGGUAAGGGACAGUCUGUUGACUGUCAUAUUCUCAUUUGCACAAGCAUGUUAUGCUGCAAAUACCAGUGCUUGGUUGACUGCCAUAAGAUUUUACACUCAAUUAGAGAUGCUUAGUCUGGGACUUACGUUAAAGGAGGCUAUCUACAUGUAAGUCACUGUCAAAAAACAAGCCUUAUAUGUGUGGGAUUUAACUUGGUGAAGCUCACAACAUUUUUCAGCCAGGGUCAAAGAGCAUAAAAAAAACUUUAUUUGAAUGUCAGUGUAUUUAGCACAAAAGUGCUAAUUGGGACACUAUAUUUUUGUCUCUUACUGGAGACGGGACCUCCAUUUUACAUGGUCAUUCGGGCCACACGAAGGUCUAGCCAUUUGCAGGGUAAAGGCAGUACAUUCAUUUCUCAGUCAUUUUAAGAACCUUAGUGUUGGUCUGGUCCUGGGAAUCGAACCUGUGACCUCCUGCUCUGCAGUCAAAUGCUCUACUGACUGAGCUAAUCCUGCUCCAUGUGGAUAGCAUCUGUUGACUGACAGAAAUUCUCACAUGCACAGGCAUGUUCUCUCUUCUCCUGACUGCAGAUUCAAAUGUUCGGUUGACUGCCUGAAGAUUUUAGACUCGGUAGAAAUUCUCUUUUUGAAUCUUAAGUACAGGGUUUGUACACAGUCUUGAAUUCUUGAAAAAGUCUUGAAAUUUGCCCAGCAAUUUUCCAGACACGGAAAAAGUCUGGAAAAUAGAGGUAAAGUCUUGAAAAAAUAGUAAAAAGUCUAGAUUUUUUUUUAAGCUACAGCAAGUGCUUAACAAGUGAAAUGUUUUUUGUGCAGGUCAAAUGUUAUUAAAUCUCGCCUGCCAUUGUGGAAAAAGCUUUGUUCCUGCGUUUUUCUUUUUAUUAUUUUAAGGUCUCUAUUGAUCACCUAUUUGAUAACCUUGAGUCUGGAAAAUGACAUUUUGGAAAAAGUCUGGAGAAAGUCUUAAAUUUUGGAUCAAAAAUCUGUAUGAACCCUCUAAGUAAAAGCAGGAUAUAAAAAAUUUUUAGAAAACAAGGCUUUACAUGUGCAGGACAUUGUGAAAGGUCACACCAUUAUUCCACCAGUCUCCAGUGUUUGCUGACAGAAACUCUCAUGUGCACAAGCAUCUGCAAAUGCUCAUCAGUUGUCUGCCUUGAGAUAACAGACUAUGGUAGAAAUUCUUCUUUUUGGAGUCUAAUGUAGAGGUUAAACAAGGAUAUCCACAAUAAAUAUUAAUGUGGACAUAAAUAGUUUGCACUCAGAAUUAAAACGUGCAGUUGCCUCAUGAGAGUAACAUUAUUUUUGUUUUCAGUGGUUUAAUAAAUUCUGGAAUUGUGAAAAUGUUGUGCACAGGCACACUUUAUUUUGCCCAACGUUUUGUUGUUACUUUCGUAGAAAAUAAUGUAACUGUCAUUGUACUGGUAAUCAAAUUUGAAGUUACUUCUUUGGAUUGUAACUCUAAUAAGCAGGAGAAAAAAAAGUCAUUAAACUAAAAAAGUAAACUCAUGAUGGCACACGCCCUGCACAAAUAAUUAUGUCUUUAAAAACUUGGAUCAUUUGUCUUUUUGUAAUAAUUUUUUUCAUUCUUGUCGUCCUGCAGUGUUUAUGUGGCAUUUAAUUUAUUCUUGAUGUUCAUUAUUCUAGAAAAUGUCGUCAUAUGUAUUUUCAAUUGCUAAAAGAAAAAGAAAACGUGACUUGAUGUUUAUUGAGUAUCUUUGCCAUGUUUAAAAAAUCAACAGAUGAGAUGUAUAUUCCUUCACCGUGUGACUUAUGAAUAAUUUCUUGUAAAAUAAGUCAUAUUUACUUUACUAUUUUUUCUGGAAUGUCUCAAAAAACAAAUUUAGCAGAACCUCAUGGAAAAAUCUUGUUAAAUUCUUAUUUAACUUAUUCAAAGAAAUGCUAUUUUGCAUUUCUAAUAACAAUUUUAUUAUGAUUAUUCAUCUUACAAUGUCAAUAUUGCACUGAGUGCUGAUGAUGAUUAUUCUAGAACUGUUGUCACUGUGAAUAAAAAACGUGGCUUGAUGUUUCUUAUAUUGUCAUCUUGAAGACUUGAAGUGGUUAACGUUAAAAAAUUAAUGCAGAUUUGACAGUUCUUCAAACAUACCUGCCCAGUAUGAGUUAUGAAUAAUUGCACAUGUAAUGAGUGGUAUGAUAUUUUUUUCUGUAAUGUUUAAACCAGCAGACUAAAUUUGAACUGCAAAGAUACACAGUGGAGAUUUCAUUUGGCUUACAACCUCUCUUCAUGGUUCAGAUUCAGGCUGCCUACAAUAAUUUUUAGCUGUUUAUAACCUUAACCGAGAGCUUAAUGUUAUUUUCUCUGCUCUCAUGAUCAUUUACCCAGUAUGAGAGAAAAAUUCCUGUGCAGGGUGUUCGGUUCACUUAGCAACCAGAUGCAUUUUUAUCCCAAUGCUAAAUUUGUUACAUCGACAUUUACUGCUGAGUGCCAGCAAUGAAAAGUGAUUCUUUUAAUUAUUUAUUGUUUGCUUUGUGGAGAAAGAGUUAGAAUUUUUUUGCCAUCUCCUGUUAUUGAACAAAAGCUUUGAGAUACGCAGUAAGGAAAAUCACUUGAUGCUGAACUCUUGGAGCAUACUGUGACAUAUUGUGGUAGUCUGUGAAGAUCCUUUAAAGGAUAGCAAGAAUAACGACGUGUUGGCCAAGUGCUCGGGGAUCUUGUGGUCAGUGCAGUGGGAUCCUGUGUCUGCCAUGUCGUUAGUCAAGUGUGAGCUAUCAAAGAAUCCAGAGAAUGAAGACCUAUUUGAUGACCAUGAUCCUGAAAAGCUUUUUACUGAUUUACGGGAAAUUGGUCGUGGCAAUUUUGGCACAGUGUUCUAUGCCAAAAAUAUCAAAACAGAUGAGGUUGUAGCGAUCAAGAAGAUGUCCUACAAUGGUAAGCAACCCAGGGAGAGAUGGCAGGCUAUUUUGAAGGAAGUUAAAUUGCUGAAGCUCUGUAAUCACAAGAAUACUGUUAGCUGUAAAGGAUGCCUUUUGAAAGAACACACGGCAUGGCUUGUGAUGGAAUAUUGUGUAGGAUCAGCGUCAGAUGUCUUAGAAGUUCUCAAGAAACCACUGAGGGAAGUUGAAAUAGCUGCAAUAUGUCAUGAUGCUCUACAGGGACUUCGAUAUCUGCACAAGAGCGGAAGAAUUCACAGAGAUGUGAAAGCAAGAAAUGUCCUCUUGACUGAGAAUGGGGUAGUCAAGCUGGCGGACUUUGGCUCUGCAGCUCUGUUGGCUCGCGCCAAGUCUUUUGUUGGUACACCAUACUGGAUGGCACCUGAAGUCAUCUUAGCUAUGGGUGAAGGACAGUAUGAUGGCAAGGUAGAUGUCUGGUCCUUAGGGAUCACCUGUGUUGAACUAGCUGAGAGAGACCCUCCACUGUUUAACAUGAAUGCAAUGAGUGCCCUUUACCAUAUUGCUCAGAAUGAUCCUCCAAUGCUUUCUUCCCCAGAAAACUGGUCUUCUAGUUUUGUGGAAUUUGUGCAGGAAUGCUUGAGGAAGCAGCCUUCUGUCAGGCCUACAGCCGAAGAUCUUCUGGAGCAUGCAUUUGUAGUGCAAACAAGACCAGCAGACAUCCUUUACAACCUAGUUAAGAGAACCAAACAGGCUGUCAGAACCCUCGACGAUCGGAUGUACCGCAAGAUGAAAAAGAUGGUUAUCAGUGAUCCCAUAGGUGAAGGAGAAGAUAUGGAGAAGUCUGGUGCUACAAAAGAAGGGGACAGUGUCAGUAAGAAAAAAGCAAGUGCACAGCUUCCUUUCAAGACUAAGAAGGCAAGAGUUGGUAGUGAUGCAGACGUCACCAAUAGCACAGAACAACAGCAAGUUGAUUCAGAGAGUGCCCUGGGAACUUCACCCUUUAUGGUGCCAGCCAUACCGCUCCAUAAAAAGAAAACAAAGAAAUGUACUCCAAUGCCAGGGAAUUGAUCCAGUAUGUGCUUCAAAAACAUUAUUUUGAAUUAUGGGAAAGAACUGAAGAACUGCAGGGACUGACUCCAGGGGUCGCCUAGAAGGAUGUCCAUCUUAAAAUUUGUUGAGAGAGUUGACUGUAUGUGAGCUUUGCUGAUAAUUGUUGUUGGGUCAUUGUUAUAAGGACCUGUAAAAAAAGCAGCUUUCAAAACAUGCUUGAUCAUGAAAUAGAGGAAAAUGUGUAAUCUUUUUAUUCAUUACACUUUUUGCAUUAUUGAGUAUGAGCACAUGCUCUGGAAUCGCAAAGGAGGUUAUUAGACUUACUAGUAGAAGAUUUAAUUUUCAAAACUUCCACUGCAAAUGUUACUUUGUAACUUGCAUCAUAAUUCAGACCAGGGGAGACUUUUCAAACUCAUCAUUGGAAAAGCAUGAUGAGGAGGAAAAUAGUGUUGUUCUUGUUUUUGGAUUCUCAUCACUAGGCCACUUGCAUGGCUAACUAACAAAUAACAACCAGAAAAGGCCAUAGUCACUUGUUAUUAGGGACAUAAUACUCUGAAAAUGCCCAUCAGAAGAACACCUGGGACCAGAAAAUUGUACAUUAACAUUGUACCUAAUGUUAUGCAUAAUGUUCGAAAUCACCAAAGUGAUUGAAUGAAACAGAAAGAAAGAAAAGCCAGAUAAGUUCAUUAAAGAGGUUUAGCCAAAGUGAGUCCAAUUUCCUUAAAUUAUCCAGCAUGUACAAGGCAAGUUGGAAUGAGAAUCUAGCACUUUAUUUUAAUUUCCUCAGGGCUGUAUUCUAGGCACCCCUGUUUCUUUGCCAUACUUUAAUAACAAUAUUAGUCAUAACCAUAACAAAAUUCUCAAAUCUGAUUGGCUAUCGACUGUCCUGAUUUCAAAACUGAUAGGACAGUGUAAAAGGGCAGUACACAUUAUGCCUAAGUAUAGGACAGUUGGUGCCAUCAGGCGCUUAAACUUAAAUGGCUUUUUUUCACUGCUAGCAAAACAACUCAGGGAAUUUCUUGUGUUUUGAUUGUCAAAAAAACCUAAAAGAUCUCAAAUUUUGUUAUACAGUGUAUUUAUGAUUAAUUGGUAGCAGAGCAUUGUAUGGUCCAAUUCGGUCUCUUGACAAAGGUGAGGAAACUGACUUAAUAAUCAUGGACUUUUCGAAAGCUUUCGAUUAGGUUCCGCACCAGCCCCUCCUAAUGAAACUGCGCUACAAUGGCAUAUGUGGUAUUCUUAACACCUGGCUAACAGAAUGGCUUAUGUGUCGAAGCCAGACAGUUGUCGUUGAUGGGUGCAACUCCCCGGAAGUGCCAGUUCUAUCAGGAGUCCCCCAGGGGACAGUUCUCUGCCCCCUCUUGUUUCUCUCGUACAUUAACGACCUAGGAGAAAAUUGUACCUCUAGGAUGCGUCUUUUCGCUGAUGAUACUUUGAUUUACAGCACCAUUGAGUCUUAAAAUGAUGCCGCCAAACUGCAGUCAGAUCUAAAAGCACUUCAAGAAUGGGCCCAGAAAUGGCAAAUGAAAUUUAACCCCAGCAAAUGCCAUGUCUUAAGAAUAUUGAGGAUGCAAAAUCCUGCUGAGUCUAACUACAUCCUUAUGGGAAAAGUUUUAAAUUCGGUCACUCACCACCCCUAUCUAGGCGUAGAAUUGUCUAGAAACCUCGAUUGGGGCCAGCAUGUAAAUAACAAAGUCAUGAAGGCCAAUCGAUCACUCAGAUUUCUCUAGCGAAACCUGAGCAGUUGCCCCGAGGGAGUGAAAGAGGCAGCCUACAAAGCCCUUGUGAGGCCUCACAUGGAAUACGCCAGUUCAGUUUGGGACCCACGCUUAAAAAACACAUCAAACAAAUAGACGGAGUACAAAGAAGAGCCGCACACUUCGUUAAAAACUUUUACACUCGGGAACCAGGAACAGUUACAAACCUCUUGAACAAUUAAACUGGAUACCCCUGAAGGUAUGAAGAACAAUCUCGCUGUUAACCUUAUUCCACAAAGCAAUUCAUGGUGAUGGCGGCCUGGCCUUCCCAGACUAUGUUAUGAAGGAACUCUAGCCAAAACAAGUUUAUUGAACCGCUGCCAAAUACUGAGACAUAUAAGAAUAGUUCUUUUUGUAGAACUGUCAAGGACUGGAAUGAGUUACCAAGCAAAAUUUUUAACAUUAAGUCGGCAGAUCGUUUCAAAAAAGUCUUACUUGAGUAUUUUAGUCGAUGAUGAAUUUUAAUACUGCAUAUUUAAUAUUGAUGCUGUGGAAUUUUUUAUCCGUUUUAUCUUUUAUAGAAAAUUUUUAAACGUCAAUACUUUAAAUUUUCUUUCAUUUUAUUUAGGCAUCUCGUGUAAUGGUAACCCCGUUGCAAGACUACAAAUUUUUGAAUUAAGGUUGAAUAAAGGUCUGUAAUCAUACUCAUGAUAAUCAGACUCCUGCUUGUUAAUCACUGGUAUGAUUACAGACCAAAUUGGACCCCACUCAGUCCUGUUACCAUCAUUGAUGAUAAUAAUUAAGUAAUAAUACCCAGGAAUUCAGAAUUACUGUUAUGUUUCGGAUUCUUCAAACAGUUUCCAUUGCCAUUUCAAAUUGUGACGAUGAAUUAUAAUUAUGUUAUAUGUUAUGUUAUAUUAUAUAUAACUUGGAAAUAGUGACUAAAUACAGUGCAUAAUGUGGAUGGAAAUGGCGUAGUAUGAAAACAAAAUAAUACUAUACAUAGCUUUAAACAUACUUUAACAAAACUUUAACUAAAAAUAACUAUAUAGAUUAUUAUAGCACAAGUAGAUAGUUAAAACUACCAAUUACACCCACUAAAUAACAAACAAUCACAAUGAAGACUUACAAUAAUAGGUUUUAAAAAAUUUAUCCAAACAGCCUAUUGAAAACAUAGACUGGACAACAAAGAAUAAGAGAGAUCAUUAUUUGCUUUGAAAGUUAACAAAUAAUUAUGUUGCUUAACAAGUUGAACAUUUGCAACUGAAAAUUAUGCUUAUCUGUAUUACUGUGAAUAUCAUAACAUGAGUGAACACCAGAAAUAUUUCUGGAAUGUUAUUGUGUUCAAGGAGGAAACCAAUCAGGCGUGGAUUUAAAAACUAAACCACAAGCAGCAAAGAUAAUUUUUUUGUGGUUUUGGGGUGUGCCUGCCCUGAUCUUAGCUGUGAUUGGUGACAAGACAGUAAACAUUCCAGAAAUAUUUUAGAUGUUCACUUUUUUUUGAGUUUGACAAGAUUAAGAGUAAUAUUUAAAACCCUGUAAAUUAUGGAUGCUGCUAUUCAAAAAUAAAACAUGUGAAAUGAUAUUGAGGAGGCUGCCAUUGAAGUAACUAGUGAUUGACAAAAGAAUUGCCUCUGAAGGUUGAUGGUAUAGUUACUAGGCUACAGGUGUAAUAUCGUUACAGUGGGGGAGGGGGGAUUGAAGUGAUAGUCAAUCAAUCAAUCAAAUCAAUCAAUCAUUUAUUUUAACACGUUGCGUCAAAGAGCUAAAAAACUCGUUCAAAAUACGAACGUGUAUGAAUAAAAUCUAUAAUAAUUACAACUAUAUAAUAUUAUUCAAUUUUAAAAACAACUCAAUUAAUAGAUACAUAUAAAAGACUUGGUAUUAAAAACAUAAAAUAUAAACAGCUAAAACCAACUGAAAAGCCACAUACUAGAAACGUGACUAGGAAAACAUAAUACUCAUUCUAAAAACAGUUGAAAGCUACAAUCGUGCACUAUAAGACACGUUCUAAAAAGCUGCAGUCGUGCAAUCUACUUCUGAAGUCAUUCGCAUCACUUGAAAGACGUACUUGACAAGGCAAACUGUAUUUUAAACUGUAAUUUAUUGUGAAUGCUAGAUAAAUAUAUGGGUGAGACACGAAUAGGACAUACAGCUAAUUGUGUAUUCUUAACCUGUUACACAGCUGUAAAGGUUAAAUUUAAUAAUUUAAAGAGACUGUGUACUGUAUUCCAGAUAUAAGUGGACCAUAUCAGUCAGUAAGUGAGGUUGAUUUGGUUGAUCUAGACGCUCAUUUCAGGUGAAUGACUAGUUCUGAAUUUCAAGUUGUCAGUACCCAAGAAUGAAAGAUCCAGAAAUUAGAUAACCCAAAUGGAAAAUAAAUAUCCACCAAUGCAGGUCUGUUUAUUGCAGUCAAACCGACAAAACCGUGAACACUUGAAAUAUUUCAGGAAUGUCUUUUCUGUUCUGACCUGAGUGACAGCGAAGAUCAAUGCUAGACAUGUGAGCUAGCCACAAAACCACAAACUAACAUAAUGCUUGCGGUUUAGUUCUCUCACUCCUGUUUGGCUUAUUUCAUGCUACACAAUAACAUUCCAGAAAUAUUUCUUGUGUUCAUGGUUUUGCUGGUUUGACAGUAAUAACUUUAAUAAUAUGCUCCGAGUAUCAAAAUUAGUUGGAAAAGAAAACUCUUGGUGUCUUACAUGAGAGUUGCACUGUUAACCUUCCAGGGAUAAGUUGAAUACUACAACUAGCAAGCUUAAAAACAUUGGUUCAUCUUCCACCAGGGAUACUUGAAAAUGUUCUUUUCUUAAUGGCUUAUCUUGUGGAGUAUAUAUUCACAUACAAACAAGUUCCCAGCUGUGUUGCAAGAUAUUACAAAUAAGCUGUAAUAAGAAAAACCACAAAAUAACAGUGAUUCAACAUGCAAAUUGGCAUGAUCCAAAUAUCAGGAAGAAAAGUGCAAGACUACCAUUUUACUCCACUGUUCAUGUAAACAACUUAUGCCCUCGUUAUUUGAUAUAAAAAGUUAAAAUUCUCUGCAGUAGUUACUUAUCAUGUCAGAAGGUGGCUUUUAACCUUUUUAUAACUCCUAUACCUAAUUAUGAAGAGAAGAUUUUGUCACAGAAACUUUUAAAACUGUGGAUGAAAUGCUAUGGUACUACCAUUCAAAUGAAACUCUUUUGGCUGAUUUUUGCAUGGAGCCUUUUAUUUCUUAAGUUUUUACCAGAGAGAACUUUUGGUUAGCUCUCUCUCUCUGGCCUCUGUUAGGAGCAAGUGAAAGUAAUGGUAGUAAUGAUGCUCAGCAUUUUUCAGCAAUUUUACUGUGAUGGAUCAAUGCUACCACUCCUUUUCAUCUCAUACUACAAUAAUUAUGUAAUUCAAUGGAAUAUUGAAUGAAUGAAUAAAAUCAAUUUUCAAUUCACUAGAAAAUCAGUGUGUUAACAAUGGGAAGUUUGACCUGCCUUGGCUGUUUUUGUUGAUUUCCUGGGCAUUCCUCUUAUGUCAUUAUUGUAGAGUCAGCUGUAGUGUAGAUCAAUCAAAUUAAGAGAGCUAAAAAUAAUACAAUCCUUGCUAAGCCACUUUAGUUUACCAUUAAUUUGUUAGAAGUAGCUGGCCAAACCUGGCUUACGCCAGUCAAAAAUUUUGUAGAAAGAGUGCCAACCAGGUUAAACAGAAAGAUUUUGCCAUCUAAUUCUGACAGGUUAAUAUUGAUCAACAUGACUGCAUUGGUGGAUAUAUAGGUUUUUUUCCAGAUACAUAUUUUUCCUUGGUGACAGGAAGAACUGAUUUCCUCCAAGAUUCCAGUGACACCGCACCCGAUCUUUGUGGAACAAAACAUUGAAGGCAGAUGUGUAAUUUUGUUUCUGUAAGAAAUACUGACGCUUCCAUUCAAAGAGCUGACAACUUUACAUAGCUAGCUAAAUUAUAAGUGUUAUUAUUAUUACUAAUAUUAUUGUUAUUUUAUUAUUAUUAUUAUUAUUAUUAUUAUUAUUAUUAUUAUUAUCCUCCCUUUUAUAUUUUUGCCAUUAUUCCCUCCUUUUCACAGUUUGAAAGUUCUGUCUAAAGGAGUCUAUUGUAUAGCAGUCCCCAUAUGUAGAUGUUGAAAAUAAAUUAUUACCGCUUGUCAUCCAACUUGUUGAAGUUAUCUGCUCUUUGAAAAGCUAAAUCUGUUGUUGUCAGGUGAUUCACACUUCAGAAUUCAACUCUUAGUACCAAGUAAUUCAAAACGGCCAAGAUUGUCAUGAGCAAGUUAUCAUUAAUUUUAUGUGACUUAUUUGGGCUUUUAAUUUUCUAUUCCAGGAAAGCAUCCAGUUUCUGCCCUGGCAGAAUAUUGCAGUAAAAGGAAGUGGCAGCUACCUGACUACUCCUUGAUCUUUGACCAUGGCCCAGCUCACCACAAGCAGUUCCUGUUUAAAGUAUUGGUUAAUGGUACAGAAUAUCAGCCAGCUGUGGUCUGCGGCAACAAAAAACAAGCUAAAGCACAAGCAGCAAUCUUUGCUUUGAAAGGCUUGGGCCUUAUUCCUGAAGAUGCUGACAUGUCUGCUGUUUAGUGGAACCCUUGAUAGUCCUUUCCCACAUUAUGCUCUACCAGGAGCCCAUAACCUUGAGUGAGCAACUUGA